GGGCAAGCUCGUGGACGGCGACAAAGCGGCGAAGGCGGUGCUGGUCUGGUUUCCUGACAACAUAGUCCAGAGCUCAUGGGAAUUCAAGGUGAAGGUGACGGCAGGUAAAGACAAAAAAGAGGUGGGCUCCACGCAGCUGGUUUGUCAGAAGUUCGACAUCAUCGUCAUCAACCCCGGCGAAAAUGUGACGAGAAGUCCGCACUGCAUCACCGGCACCGACAAAACCCGCAAACAUUUGAUGAUUUGUGUGUGGUACUCGUCGCGUGAUCACGCGAAGAAUUGGGAAGGAGCCGUUCAAGCAACCUUGCCGUCUUCUCCUGCCCCCGCCGUCCAAAUCAACGCCGCACACCCGUCCCUUCCGCACAAGGUCUACACCCAACCAAAGUUGGCUUACUACACUGUCAUGCUUGGAUAUCUCUGGAGAUCCCCGUUUCCUGCGGCGUCUAAAAUUAAAGGCGGCUGCCCCGCCCCAAUUCCUCCGCUAGUCCCGGCUGCGUUCUACUACGUGGUAGGCAAGCUAGGGCACCAGGAGAUGUGGACCCAGCCCUUACACUACCCUACCCCACGAGCAGCCGCUGAUAAUAGGACUCCAUAUGAACUCCCCCCAAACAGCAACCCUGCAGAGUGCCACUACAUUCCCCAUAGGCUCUUCUUCGUCGUGAGCGACCCCAUGGAGGCCAACCACGACAAGCUCACCCUCAUGGUGAAGGUCCCUAAACCUACCCCCGCCGAUGGCACCAAGAAGUACGAUGAGUUGGGAAGCGUCGUCGUCCCCGUAGACCCGAAUAAAAUGGCGUUGCACAAGGAGCUCAAGCUAAUUAAAAAUGGCGACAAGGACCCCGGGCUUAAACUAUCAGUGAUGAUGGUGGUGGACAAAACCUACCACGUGUUUGAUGACCUGGAUUCUUGCACAAGUGAUCGUCUCCCCACGGCCUACGGACCGGGGGAAACCCUGCCGACCGCGAUAGCGCAUCUAGAAGUGUAUGUACUUCAUGUGACGGGCCUCGUUCUCACCAAAGAACGUAACAACGCCCCAACGACGGACCCCUACUGCGUGGCCAGGUAUGGCAGGAAGUGGUGCAGGACACGUACGGUCAUCGGCAGCGGUGCAACCGCCCACUUCAAUGAGGUCUACACUUGGGAAGUCUACGACCCGAACACAGUUCUCACCGUCGGCGUGUUCGACAACAACCAGUUGGUGGCGAGCAGUGGGAAGAAGGAGGGGGACAAGAACAUCGGCAGGGUUAGGGUUCCCGUUUCCACCCUGGUUUUCGACGGCAAGAAGCGGAUCAAGUCUUAUCCGCUCUACGCCACGCAUCCUGAGUUGGGCCAGCAGGUAAGGAUAAUGGGCGAGUUGCAGUUGCAGGUCAGGCUCACUCCUCGAAGCAUGUUGGGUUUCAUCUCCGCUUCCUUGCGCCCUCUUCUCCCGCCCGCGCACUACGAAAGACCGAUCCCGCUCGAGCAGAUGGCAGACCUGCGGAAAUACGCCGUGGACAUGGAGUGCAAGGAUCUGGGGAGGCGGGUUCCCCCACUGGGGGAGAAUGUGGUGAGAUUCAUGACCACGCCGGAGCAGGCCGGCUACAGCAAGCGGGUGACGGACACGAACAUAGCCCGCCUCUACCGCGCCUCGGGUUUACGGGCACUGUUCCAGUUUGUGGGCCACGUCGCCAGCUGGAAAAGCCCCAUCACCACACUGCUCUCUCUCGAGCUCCUUUUCUUCUUCCUCUUUUACCCAGACCUCAUCUUCCCGGUCGCCCUAGCCUACUUUAUCUAUUGUGGAUUUUAUAAUCUCCUCGUGCGGAUGUGGUCAGAAUCCCCUCAGAAACCAAAACGGGAGGAACCGCCCCUCCUUUACAUAGCUCAACUCCAGAAUACACAACCGGACGAUCUUGACGAGGAAGGAGACACGCGCGAGACGAGCCGGAAGCCGGAGGUGGUUAAGAAGAGAUACGACAAUCUGAGGCUUCGGGCUGCAUAUGUUCAGAACCUUGUGGGCGACCUUGCAAAUCAAGCGGAAAGGUUUCAGAAUAUACUGACUUGGAAGAACCCAUAUUUUACGGCGAUCGCUAUCAUCUUCAUCACCUUGGCCCAACUGUUAUUGCACUCGCUUGGGACAGGAUUCAAUUUCGUGAUUGUCUUUUGUCUUCUUUCUCAUCCAGUGGUGUGGAAUUCCAGAUACAUGAGAAGUCUGCUCCUUGCGCCUAUCAAGCUUUACCGCCGCCUGCCCAUCAACAACUAUUAUAAUCCCUUGCAGUGAUCGACCUAUUAUUAUCUCAUCCUCUACCUAUUAUUCUCCUUGAUGGUUUGGGGCCUUUGGGCAUGAACUUUAUUCCAUAAUAAUCCGUUCAUAUUGCUUUUGUUUUAUAAUUAAAACUUGCUAUACGGACACAUAUGCAGUCCAAGCAUAUCUACUUACUAGCUUGUGCAGGCCGUUGGAAUUAAGUCAAUUAACCUUGUUGUUUAGAAUUUCAUCAUGUUUAUUUUAGUUUAUUUUGAGUCAUAAAUGUAUAUUAGACUAGAGUGUGAGUGCACGGCAGGAUGAGUCAUGUCAAGUAGUGUUCGUCGCGUGACACCGUCCAUGUGUUGUAACGGUAC